ACUGUAACUUUACUACUAACGACUACAAACAAACUUUUUGUUGUGAAUCUUUCGUUAGUUGCUUGUAAUAUUUUAGCUAUUACUAUCAUACAUAAAUUACUAUUCUAAAGAAUUUUUAAUGUAAAUUACAUUUAGUUAUCACACCAUAGUGUUUAUAAAGAAAAUGGCUCCUGGAAUUGCUGACAAAAAGAAUAACACUCUACCGAUGUGGGGUAAUGAAAAAACUAUGAACUUGAAUAAUCUUAUACUUACUAAUAUUCUAUCGUCUCAUUAUUUUAAAGUAAAUUUAUACCAGUUAAAGACAUAUCAUGAAGUUAUUGAUGAGAUAUAUUAUCAAGUUACCCAUUUAGAACCGUGGGAGAAAGGCAGUCGUAAAACGUCAGGACAGACUGGCAUGUGUGGUGGUGUGCGUGGAGUUGGCGCUGGUGGUAUAGUUUCAACUGCUUUUUGUAUACUGUACAAGCUUUUUACACUAAAAUUGACACGUAAACAAGUUGUUGGACUUAUAAAUCAUGGUGAUUCACCGUACAUAAGGGCACUAGGUUUUAUGUAUAUACGAUAUACCCAGCCACCAAGUGACUUGUGGGAUUGGUAUGAGCCAUAUUUAGAAGAUGACGAAGAAGUUGAUGUGAAGGCGGGAUCAGGACAAGUCAUGACCAUUGGUGAAAUGUUAAGGCAUUUCCUGUCCAAACUGGAAUGGUUUUCAACUUUAUUUCCUCGCAUACCUGUCCCGAUUCAGAAAGACUUAGAGAAGAAGCUUUCAGACUGGCGUGCUCGUACAAAGUGUAACAUCACAUCUAAACCACAAGAUGUUACUGAAGGUGAGGUAGAGUAUCAGGACGAGGAACGCCAAGUUGAGGAAAAAGUCGAGGAUUACGAUCGCGUCAGGGAAGGAUCUUCUCGGGUUCCUCGUGAACGCGGUGAUUCUCGUUAUGGAAUGGAUUUGUCGGAAGCUAUCGAACGAGAAAAAGAAAGACAGCGGCGGGAACGAGACAUGCACGGAUCUUCAUCUCGUCAGUCACAUUCUUCUUCAGACAGAUAUACCAGCCACAGAGCUCGAAGCAGAAGCCCAGUUGAUUCAAAGCAUCACAGGCGUGAUGGAGAAAAACGGAGAAAAGAGAAACGCCGAUCUAAAGAAAGAUUAGAACAUUCUAAACAUAGAAGUCACAGUUCACAUCAUAGAAACAGUGAUGAUGAUCGACAUAGUAGGAACAAACAUAGCCAUAGUUCUAAGGACAAUAGGUCUUAUGAUUUUGAAAGAAGAGAUCGCUCUGGCAGCAGGAGUAGAUACUAGUAUAUUAAUAUUACAAAUGACAAAUGAUGUACAGUAUACCUCAAAUAUCUAUUUUAUCUAAACAUAUUUUCAUCUGUGACAUUUUAAUCAUACUGUUUUUCAAUGUUUAUAACAUUUAUAAAUUAAAUUUGUUGACGUUAUGUUUAAAUCAUUUUUUUGGUGCACAAUGUUUCUGCGUAGUGCUAUGCAGUGGUUCACAAUUAACAGAAAAUGGAGUGCAUAAAACUGAUUACAUACUGUGAGAAUUCUGCUUAAAUAACAAUGAAAAGCUAGCAUUUUAAAAAACUGAUAGUAUAAAUUAUACUAUCUUUAUUUUCUUAGUUUAUAUAAGUAUUAAGGUAUAUUUCAAUGUAAAGUACAUAAACACCUGUUAACCAUCUUUGUUAUUUAUUUGUGGUCUAGCUAGGACAAUUUGAUAUUAAGGAAGACUGAGGUACAAAUUUUUUUUUUUACCCUAUGGAAUUGUGUAUAUUUCUAUCAGGUUAUUAUAUUCCUGUUAAAAUUAAUUUAUUGUAAAGUUUAAUUUUUAAGACUUAUUUUUUCUCAAUUUUUAUUACUAUGAGCCUACUCUUCUUUUUUUUUUUUAAGUAAUUAUUUUUUUUUACAAAUUAUAAAUAAGGUAGAGAUGUUUAAACAGCAGGGGAAAAAAUCAUUGAAUUAAAAUCAUUGCCUUUUUCAAUUGUUUACAACAUUUUCCCUGGCUACUAUGUAAUUCAGUUUUAUGAAUAACUAGGAGUUUCGUAAAUUUACGUGAAUUGUGCUAAUUAGUUAUAAGGGUUCAAAUUUCUGUUAAAUAUGUGCUAAAUAUUUAGAGGAGCAAAUAAAUUAUUGGUUGAUUUUGAAUAUUAAAUUCACUGUUAAACCCUAAUUUUGUUCUGUAUUUGCAUCCGAGAUUAAACUAAUAACUUUUAAACUUAAUUUCUAACGUAAAAUCAGGAGAGAAACAGC